CCCCGCCACCUUCUUCUUCUUCUUCCACACUUGCACAGAGAGAAAAAAACUACUUUAUUUUUCCCUUUCUUUCUAUUUUUUUUUUUUUUGUUGCCUCACCUUUCUUCUUACACACUAACAUGAAGGUCCAGGCUUCCUCUCCUCAAGACAACCAACCAUCGAACACUAACAGUACUGAUAAUAAUAAUAAUAAUAAUCAGAUACCAUCGAUGGACGAACAUGUGAUGCGUUCCAUGGACUGGGACUCGAUCAUGAAGGAGCUGGAGCUAGACGAUGACUCAACACCAAACCCCUUGAAGACAGAGUUCACAACAACGGACUCCGCAAUAGGACCACUCUACGCCGUCGAUUCCAACCUCCCUGGCUUCCCCGAUCAGAUCCAGCCGUCCGAUUUCGACUCAUCCGAUGCUUAUCAAAACCAAACCGCCGGUUACGGUUUCACUUCCCUCGACAGCGUCGACAAUGGAGGAGGAUUCGAUUUCGUCGAAGACCUCAUCCGAGUCGUGGACUGCGUCGAGUCGGACGAGCUACAGCUCGCUCAGGUGAUUCUAUCACGCCUCAACCAACGCCUUCGAUCUCCCGCGGGAAGACCGUUACAAAGAGCAGCGUUUUACUUCAAAGAAGCUCUCGGUUCGCUUUUAACCGGAUCGAACCGGAAUCAAACCCGGUUAUUAUCUUCCUGGACCGAGAUCGUUCAGAAGAUCCGCGCGGUUAAGGAGUUCUCCGGUAUUUCCCCGAUCCCUCUCUUCUCUCACUUCACCGCGAACCAAGCGAUCCUCGACUCCCUGAGCUCGCAGCAGUCCUCUUCCUCUCCCUUCGUCCACGUGGUGGACUUCGACAUCGGGUUCGGCGGACAGUACGCGUCGCUCAUGAGGGAGAUCGCCGAGAAAUCGAUAAGCAGCGGGUUUUUACGAGUCACGGCGGUGGUGGCGGAGGAGUGCGCCGUCGAGACGCGCCUCGUGAAGGAGAAUUUGACUCAGUUCGCGGCGGAGAUGAAGAUCCGUUUCCAGAUCGAGUUCGUGCUGAUGAAGACGUUCGAGAUGCUGUCUUUCAAGGCGAUCAGGUUCGUCGACGGGGAGAGAACCGUCGUCUUGAUAUCUCCGGCGAUAUUCCGACGUCUGAGCGGAAUCGCCGAGUUUGUGACUAACUUACGGAGAGUGUUUCCGAAGGUUGUUGUGUUUGUGGACAGCGAAGGGUGGACGGAGAUCGCCGGAGCGGGAUCGUUCCGGCGGGAGUUUGUCACGGCUCUCGAGUUCUACACGAUGGUGCUUGAGUCCCUCGACGCGGCCGCUCCUCCGGGAGAUCUGGUGAAGAAGAUCGUGGAAGCGUUUGUCUUACGGCCGAAGAUCGCGGCGGCGGUGGAGACGACGGCGGGAGGUAGGAGAAACGUUGGAGAGAUGACGUGGCGGGAAGCGUUCUGCGGGGCCGGGAUGAGGUCGAUCCAGCUGAGCCAGUUCGCGAUCUUUCAGGCGGAGUGUUUGCUGGAGAAGGCGCAGGUGAGAGGGUUCCACGUGGCGAAACGGCAGGAGGAGUUGGUGCUGUGCUGGCACGGAAGGGCGCUGGUUGCCACGUCGGCUUGGAGGUUUUAGUUAAGAUGAACCGUUACUGGUUUUAGAGUUGGUUUGGUUUAACAAAAUGAUACUAUGAUAUAAUAGAAUCGAAUUGUAUCUAUAUACGCCUUCAAUAUUUUCGGUUUGUCUCUGUUUUUGAUCUUU